GCGCGGGGUAGUGGAGUUUGUUGCGCUGCUGGAGGCGGACAUGGCGGGCGUCGCUGAUGCCGCCGCUCCCGGCAGCAGCGGGGACGGGAGGCGAGGCGGCGCCCCGGAGCAGCUGCAGCAGGACGCGGGAAGGGGGGAGCAGAAAAGCGGCUGUUCGAGCGGUGAGUCCUGGCCGCCUGCCGGCGGCUCCGGGCAGCCGCCGCAGCGAACCGAAACCCUGGGCUUCUACGAGAGCGACCGGGAGCGGAAAAAGAAGAGAAGCGUCUCAGACCUUUCACUGCUGAGGUUCAUCAGUGCUGAACUAACAAGAGGUUACUUCCUUGAACAUAAUGAAGCAAAAUACACAGAAAGGCGAGAGAGAGUAUACACAUGUAUGCGAAUACCAAGAGAAUUGGAAAAGUUGAUGUUUUUUGGAAUCUUUUUGUGCCUGGAUGCUUUUCUCUAUGUGUUCACCCUGCUUCCUUUGCGAGUUUUUCUGGCAUUGUUCCAGUUCAUCACUCUGCCUUGCUAUGGCUUACGCUCUCAUCAGGGCCUAGGAAUCAGUGAUAGACGUUUGCUACAACCUGCUCAGGUAUGUGACAUUUUCAAAGGAGUUAUAUUGGUCAUCUGCUACUUCAUGAUGCACUAUGUUGACUACUCUAUGAUGUACCAUCUGAUAAGAGGACAGUCUGUCAUAAAACUCUACAUCAUCUACAACAUGCUGGAGGUGGCCGAUCGCCUGUUUUCCUCUUUUGGGCAAGAUAUUUUGGAUGCCCUUUAUUGGACAGCUACUGAACCUAAGGAGAGAAAAAGAGCUCAUAUAGGUGUGAUUCCUCACUUUUUCAUGGCAGUGCUUUAUGUCUUCUUGCAUGCUAUUCUUAUAAUGGUCCAAGCAACAACACUUAAUGUAGCCUUCAACUCCCACAACAAGUCACUGCUUACCAUCAUGAUGUCUAAUAAUUUCGUUGAAAUAAAAGGAAGUGUUUUCAAGAAGUUUGAGAAGAACAAUCUUUUUCAAAUGUCAAACAGUGAUAUAAAGGAGAGAUUCACCAACUAUGUGCUAUUAUUGAUAGUAUGUCUAAGAAAUAUGGAACAGUUCUCAUGGAAUCCAGAUCACCUUUGGGUGUUGUUUCCAGAUGUUUGCAUGGUCAUUGCAUCAGAAAUUGCAGUGGAUAUUGUGAAACAUGCAUUUAUAACAAAAUUCAAUGACAUUACAGCAGAUGUCUACAGUGAGUACAGAGCCAGCCUGGCAUUUGACCUUGUUAGCAGUCGACAGAAAAAUGCAUACACAGAUUACAGCGAUUCUGUUUCCAGGAGAAUGGGUUUUAUUCCUCUCCCAUUGGCUGUUUUACUCAUCAGAGUCGUAACAAGCUCAAUAAAAGUACAAGGAGUCUUGGCUUAUGCCUGUGUUGUGCUCUUCUAUUGUGGGUUAAUUUCACUAAAAGUCCUUAACAGCAUUGUGUUGUUGGGCAAGUCAUGCCAAUAUGUAAAGGAGGCAAAAAUGGAAGAGAAGUUGUUCAAUCCCCCCCCUACUAGCACCCCAGGCAAACCACUCAGCAAACCUCAAAGCAAAUUUAAAUCUCCUCAAGGAAUUCCCACAGACGAAAGUUUCUCUGCAUCAGUUACCAAUCAGCCUGUGCAUCAGAAGGAAAAUCCUACAUCUUUACUUGUGACAAGCAACUCUGAUCAAUUCCUGACGACUCCUGAUGGAGAAGAUAAAGAUAUAAGCCAAGACAAUUCAGAAUUAAAACACAGAUCUUCAAAGAAAGAUUUGUUGGAGAUAGACAGGUUUACUAUUUGUGGAAACAGAAUUGACUAAGUUUUCUGAAUAGAUGUGCUUAGGAUACUGAGCUAUUGGGACAGCAAAUGCUACCAGAAUGGACACUUGCCAAAAAAAGGCACUUAAAUAUUUAUUUAAAAACUUAAAUUAUUAAUGGCAAACAAAUAUUAAUUUUUACAAGUAACUAGGCUUGGUAGCUGGUCAGAUCAAGUAACAGAAAUCUUUAACUUGGCUCUUUGGAAAAUAUAAUGGAUUGUGAGAGUCUCUUGUCUAUUUGACAGAGCUACAGUAUCGCUGUCUUGGAAGUAGACUGAAAAAAUCAAAAUCCUGUUCUGCUUUUUGAAACCAUGCUUCCAGAACAUAUCAUUUUUCAUCAAGGUCUCUCCAGUACAAGGAUAUACCUGGGAAUAUGUGACAACUUUAAUAGGAAGCUCAUCUUUCCAGUCUCAUGUUGUUUUCAUAAACAGCUGCAGAUUUCAAAACUUGUACUUAUCAGCGAACACAUAAAAAAGCACUGGUAGAUUAAACAGUAAGUCAAGAUAAUUAUUCUUGUCACCAGAAAAAUCUUUGAAGAUGUAUCAGAACUGAUCAGAAUAAAAUACUACAGUAUCUUAAAUGAAAGACCCACUGCAUAGUAUUUUAUCUAAAAUCUAAACCAGCGAGGGAAAUGGAUCACAAAUACAAAGAAAUGAAGGUUCCGCAUAACUGGGCAAACUCAGCUUCAUCAUUAUUCUGUUCAAUUACAAUGUGUUCUGCAAGGCAAACUAUAUACAUUUAUAAAUUCUAUAUGAAAAGCUUUUUUUAAAAAAGCUGUGGCUUGUUUUUUGCAAUGGGAAGCAUUUUGUUACAAAGUGACACUUCUUUAUAUUGAGAAAGGUAGCGUGAACUGCAGCCAGCAACACCAGUGUUGCAUUAAUUCCAGAUAAUUCCAAUGCAAUGGAAGAAAUAAUUACUCACUACAUUUUGGUUUAAACAAGUUGAUAAAAAUGGCAUCUAUAUAUUAACUUAGCUGGAAAAAUUGCCCAUAGAAUAGUUAUCAGAAGUGUCCAUUUUAAUUGAUGAAUUUUAAGCAAACUUAAGUAGAUAUGAAUAGCUUUAUUACGAAACGCUUGGUUUUAUGAAGGUGUAAUGCAUCUUAAUUUCUGGUGUGUGUGGCAAUGUUGGGGGAAUUGAUGAAAGGCAUGUUGAAUCCCUCAAGAAUGAACUGCAUUUCAGCUCAAUAACUAGGCUAGAGAACUGAAUCAAAAGACAAUCUUUCAUCCAGUGAUGAAUCCUACAUUUGCUGUUAAAAUGUAACAUUAACCUCUAUUUUCAAAAACCUUUCAGAAGAUUUAAGUUGAGGUCUGCUAAGUUAUUUCCCUUGGAAUUUUAUUUUGGUUUUUUGAUAUGAUACAGAUAUUUCAGUGAUGAACAAACCACAGGAUUUCUUUUAUUAACUAAUUUGUAAUCUAUUGGAGUUGAAAAGCCAAAGUUUAAUGUUUGAUUUAUGAAUAGGAAAUGUGGAAGAAUACAUGCUGAUUCCUAAAAUCUGCAAAGUUGUAUUAAUAUGACAGAACAGAGAAAUAUACAGAAAUAAUGUUAUGAAACAGAUCAGAAUGUAAAGUUGCCAUGAAAAAUGGCUUUACCAUACAAGUCAACAUCAUCUGCUCUAAAGGGAGCCUCUUGCUGCCCCUUCUCCUCCCCCACCAACAGCAGCUGCAGUAGUGUCCAGAAUCAAUUGAAAUGGUUGGGGGCGAGGGGCGGGGUUAAAAUGCUUUUAUUUUGGGUGUAUAAUAUGCUCAUUAAGAAAUUUACACAUUUAAAUUCAAUUCAGAUCAUCUGUGAAUUUUUCAAUUAUUUAGCAGUUGCUAAAGGAAGCUUAGAAUGAUUUUCAUCUGUUAAAUGACAUUCUGUACCAAUUUUAUAAGUGCAUCUUGUGUGAAACUCAAUAAAAUUCAAUUUCGUAAUCUUUGUUUUAAAAAAGGAAAAGAAUGGACUGGAUUUCUUUGCAACAGUUGUCAAUUUUGAAUACUGCAAUGUGACUUCUGCAUAUUCUGGUUUCACUAUGAAGAACGUAUUUUUUGCAAGCACAGGACAAGCCGCCUACUUUAGACCUGGUUUUAAUACUGGUUUUGUUCUUGUGUAUUCAUCACUAUGUCAAACCCACAGGAGGUACUAAUGUCAGCCUACUGUUAAUCUGAAUGCUAAUUGUUUAGAGACAGAAUCAAAUUGAAAUCCAGUCCAUUUUUUUUUAAAGUAGGGUUUUUUGUUUCAGUCGCCCUUGUAUCAUCCUGUUAAUUUUUGUGUUUUUUCAUCCCAUGUUCCUAUUCUUAGUGUCUUUCCUCCCUUACUGUAAGAAAGGCCUACACAAACAUGGGGAACUGACUAUACAAAGUAUUGUCAAAUGUAAAAGUAAAAAAAAAAAAAGCCCAACUCUUCAUGAUAGAAAAGUUAGUUGCAGUAAUAGCAGAUUAAAAAAAAAACUUCCUAUAGAAAUAUGAUUUGUAAAUAUGUGACCAUUUAAAAUGCAACCUAUUAAAUAUAUUGUAUUUCCAUUUA